AUGCGAUUCUUCAUCUACGCCAUCUCGUGCGCUGUAGCAGCUGCUACCGAACUGAGAGGGAGCACCGUCGAGCUCCCCGCUAUCCAGGAUGAGAGUGCCAGUCUCAUCUCUAUGAACGAGGCUGCUGUCGUCUUCGUUGGCAUGUGUUUCAUGUAUGCUUUGAGGGGUCUUGGUUCUCCUGAGACUGCCACUAAGGGUAACAUGGCCGGUGUCAUCGGUAUGCUUGUUGCCAUCAUCUUCGCCUGCUUCGACCCCCGCUUCACUCAUCAUUCGGGUGUUCUUGCUAUCAUCUGCUUUGUCAUCGCGGCUGUCUGUGGUCUUUGGCUCUCGUCUAAGGCUACUAUGAUUGUGAUGCCUCAGAUGGUCGCUGGCUUCCAUGCUAGUGUCGGUUUUGCUGCCGUUAUGGUCGCCUACGCUCGUUACUUCGAUGCUCAGGAGAUGAUGAACGCUGGCCACUUGGUCGAGACUAUGAUUGGUAUCUUCUUCGGUGCCAUGACUCUCACCGGUUCCAUUGUUGCUUGUGGCAAGUUGCAGGGUGUUAUUCGCUCUAAGGCUCUCCUGCUUCCCUUCCGUCACUGGAUUAACGCUGGCAUCUGCCUCGCUUCCAUCCUGCUCACCGUUUGGUUGUGCAUGGUUGGUAAGGGUACCACUACUGGUAUGUGGAUCAUUAUUGCCACCACUAUUAUCUGCCUUUAUCUCGGUUGGGCUCUCGUCAUGUCCAUUGGUGGCGCUGAUAUGCCUGUUGUUGUCUCCAUGUUGAACUCCUACUCCGGUUGGACUACCGUUGCCUGUGGUUUCAUGCUUUCCAACACGAUCCUUAUCAUCGCUGGUUCUCUUAUUGGUUCUUCUGGUGCCAUCCUUUCUUACAUCAUGUGCAAGGGUAUGAACCGUUCCUUUACCUCCGUCAUUCUUGGUGGCUUUGGUGUUGAAGAGGGUCACACCGUUGAGGUCACUGGUACCGCUACUGAGACUAAUGUCGAUGAGGUUGCCGAGAAAAUGAUUAACGGCAAGUCUGUCAUCAUUGUUCCCGGCUACGGUAUGGCUGUUGCUCGUUGCCAGCAGACUGUCGCUGGUAUCGCUGACUGCCUCCGCACUCAUGGUGUCAAGGUCCAGUUUGCCAUUCACCCCGUCGCUGGUCGUUUGCCGGGCCAUAUGAACGUUUUGUUGGCCGAGGCUAACGUCCCUUAUGAUAUCGUUAAGGAGAUGGAUGAGGUCAAUCCCGAGUUCCCCACCACGGAUGUGUCUCUCAUUAUCGGAGCCAACGAUAUCGUCAACCCCAUGGCCGUUGAGGAUCUUUCCUCGCCCAUUGGAGGCAUGCCCGUUCUUGAGGUGUGGAAGGCUAAGACCUGCGUCGUCAUGAAGCGUUCCAUGGCCACUGGCUACUCUGGUAUUGAGAAUCCCUUGUUCUACAAGGAGAAUACUCGUAUGCUCUUCGGUAAUGCUCACGAAAAGACACAGGAGUUGCUUGCUGCUCUCCAGGGUCUUGCCAAGGAGAAGAAGGUCACCACCGCUGACAACGCCUCCACUCCCCUUCUUGCUGAGGAGAAGAAGCCUGAGCCCGAGAAGGUUAAGGAGUAUCCUCCGGCUCUCAAGACCAUUGGUGUACUCGAUGAGACUAAGAACAGCGAUGAGACUCGUGUUGCUAUCGCUCCUAAUGUUGUGUCCAAGUUCCGCGAUAUGGGCUUCGCCUUCGUCAUGGAGCGCAACUGUGGUGAGAAGGCUUCUUUCCCCGAUCGCUACUAUGCCGUUGAAGGAUGCAAACUCGUUGACACCGCUGAAGAGGUUUACAAGGCGGCUGAUGUCAUCAUCAAGAUUAACACCUUGACUGAUCAGGACUUCGCCAACCUUCGUCGUGGUCAGGUUGUGGUUACUUACUUGUGGCCCGCCUUCAACCCCGAGUUGCUCAAGACUCUUGCUGCUAAAGGUGUGACUGCCAUGUCUGUCGACGCUGUUCCCCGAAUUACUCGUGCCCAGAAGUUGGAUACUUUGUCCUCUAUGGCCAACAUGGGUGGCUACAAGGCUAUCAUUGAGGCGUUCCAUCUCUUGCCUCGUUUCGCUAAGCCUUUGACCACUGCCGCUGGUAGCGUUCCCGCCGCCAACGUCUUCAUCAUUGGUGCCGGUGUCGCUGGCCUUUCCGCCAUCGGAACUGCUCGCUCUAUUGGUGCUUUGGUUACUGCUAAUGAUACUCGUUCUGUUGUGAAGGAACAGGUUGAGUCCAUGGGCGCCAAGUUCGCCGAGGUACCCUAUAAGGAGGAAGGUGCUGGUUCUGGUGGUUAUGCUAAGGAGAUGUCUGAGGGAUUCCACAAGGCCCAAAUGCAGCUCUACUCUCAGGAGGUUAAGAAGGCUGAUGUUGUUGUCACCACCGCCCAGAUCCCCGGCAAGCCCGCUCCUCUGCUUAUCACCAAGGAGAUGGUUCGCUCAAUGAGGCCCGGCUCUGUUAUUGUCGAUCUUGCCGCUCAGCAGGGUGGUAACUGUGAGCUCACUCAGAAGGACAAGACUUUCCUUGACCCCGAGAGCGGUGUGACCAUCAUUGGCCAGACCAACCUUGCUCGCUUCAUGCCUGCUCAGGCUUCCGAGCUCUUCAGCGCCAACAUGCGUUUCUUGUUCGACCAGAUGAAGGGUGCGGCUGGUGUUGAUGAGGCUCUCGCUCAGCCUGAUGAUGUUAUCGGACCAAUCCGUUGCACUUAUCAGGGACAGGUUACAUGGAAGCCUGUCGCUCGUCCUGCUCCCCCACCGGCCCCUAAGGCCCCUGCUGCCCCCAAGACCGAGGCUCCUGUUGAAGCCGAGAAGAAGCCUCAGACUGCUUUCUCUAAGUGGUUGAACUUCUUCCUCGUUCUCAUUGUUGUCGGUGCUUGCUGUGCUGGUAUCGGUGCUAGUCGUAGCGUCGCUUUGGUUGACCAGAUGAUGUCCUUCGUGAUGGCUGUUAUUGUCGGUUACUUCCUCGUCUGGGGUGUCGACCAUGCCUUGCAUACCCCUCUCAUGUCUGAGACUAACGCCAUCUCUGGUAUCAUCAUCGUUGGCGCCAUGCAGCAGCUCUCUGCUUGCGGUGCUUUCGCUCAGAUUUGUGCCAUCUUGGGUACCUUCGCUGCCGGAUUCAAUAUCUUCGGUGGUUUCUGGAUCACCAAACGCAUGCUUGCCAUGUUCCACCAUUAAACGUUGCCAACUCGACAACUAUCUAUGGCUUUAUUUAGUGUGGGAGUCUCUUGCUUCUCCCUUCCGACUUUGGGCCUGCUGUUACUAUUGUUUACAUCAACCGAUCGAGCAAUGUCGAAGGUGAUUACUGGACUACGUUUGGAGGGGCUCAUUUUUGCACGACCCUCUUGGGGUCAUGCUUGAUCAUUCGAUUGUUGGAUGCGUGCAUUUGCUUAUUUGUCUGGCAUAUGUUUCUUGUUCCUCGCAGCCGGAAUCCUUCAACCUUAUACAAUCGU